AAACCAUUCCUUGUUUUUAGUAAUUAUGAAAUGUGAACACACUUAUUUCCAACAGCAUAUUGCCUAUGUUUAUUUGUAUAUAUAGGGAUGCUAUGGGUCGGAAUUGACUAUAUGACAACAGGUUUAUUCUAAUAUGUAUAUAUAUAUAUAUAUAAAUCUCACUGUAAAAUUGCAUUCAGAGAAUGAUCACAAUACAACAUUUUGAUAAAUGUAAGAUAUCGAGUAUUUGAAACAUAUUUCACUUGGACACAAUUAUCAGAAAGCCUCGUAUUUUAGAAAAAUAGUGAUAGUAAUGGUAGUAUUUCGGCUGGGUGAUUAAACCUGUGAAACAUGAGACAAGUCAGGGCAAAAACCAUGUAUGUUUACUGUGUUUAGUAAUGGUGAGAUGAUAAGCAUUACUUUUUGAAUCCAAAAGCAUGUUGCCUAUUUUUAACAGAAGUCAUACCAUAGAGAACCUCUGUGGAAGUAAUGAAAACAGUCAGUGUGGGAAAACAUUAAGUCAAAUUCCAAAUCUUACUGUGAUAAAAAGAAAUCCUCCAGAAGUAAAUGCUUUUGCAUGCUUUGAGUGUGGAAUAGCCUUCAUGCAUCACUCAUCACAUAAGCAUCAUACCAAAUCUCACACUGCAUGCAAUAUUUCUCAGUGUAAGGAAUGUGGAGAAGCCUGCAGUUGUCACUCUCACCUAACCACUCCUAUGAGAACUCACAAUGGAAAGAAAUGCCAUAAAUGUAAGAUAUGUGGGAAGAACAUUUGUGUCUCAGCCCUAAAGAACCCUGUGACAACACUCACUGGUGAGAAACGCUAUGAAUGUAACAAAUGUGGGAAAGAUUUCUCUAGUUUCUCAUCCUUUUGGACACAUGUGAGAGGUCAUAAGUGUAUAGGUAAAGAAUGUUGUAAAACCUAUAAUUGUCCUUCAUUCCUCAUCUUACAUAAAAAAAUUCAUAACAGAGAUAAGCCUUAUCAACAUAAGAAAUGUGGGAAAGGCAUUAGUCAGUCUUCACACCUCACUACACAUAUAAGAGCACACGAUGGGCAGAGGCCUUAUGAAUGCAGGGAAUGUGGGAAAGCAUUUAGUCAGUCCUCAUCCCUCACUCAACAUAUAAGAACUCACAGUGGGCAGAGGCCUUAUGAACGUAAGGAAUGUGGGAAAGCCUUUAGGUGUUCCUCACACCUCACUCAACACGUAAGAACUCACAGUGGAGAGAAGCCUUAUGAAUGCAAGCAAUGUUGGAAAGCCUUUCGUUAUUCAUCAGGCAUCGCUAAACAUAAAAGAACUCACAGUGGAGAGAAGCCUUAUGAAUGUAAGGAUUGUGGAAAAGCCUUCAGUUGUUCUUCACACCUCACUUCACAUGUAAAAACUCACAGUGGAGAGAAGUCUUAUGAAUGUAAGCAAUGUGGCAAAGCCUUUCGUUAUUCUUCAGCCCUCACUGAGCACAGAAGAACUCACAGUGGUGAGAAACCCUAUGAAUGUAAGGAAUGUGGGAAAGCCUUUAGUUGUUCCUCUGCCCUCACUAUACAUGUGAGGACUCACAGUGGAGAGAGGCCCUAUGAAUGUAAGCAGUGUGGGAAAGCCUUUAGGCAGUUCUCAGCCCUCACUACGCAUGUAAGAAUUCAUAGUGGACAGAGACCUCAUGAAUGUAAAGAAUGUGGGAAAACCGUUAGUCGUUCCUGUGACCUCUCUUUACAUGUAAGAACUCACAGUGGAGAGAGGCCUUUCAAAUGUAAAGAAUGUGAGAGAGCCUUUAGUUGUUCCUCAUCCCUUACUAGACAUAGAAGAACUCAUAGCAGAGGGAAGCCUUAUGAACAUAAGGAAUGUGGGAAAGCCUUUAGUCUGGCCUCACACCUCACUAGACAUGUAAGAACUCACAGUGGAGCGAGACCUUAUGAAUGUAAGGAGUGUGAGAAAGCCUUUAGGGAUUCCUCAGCCCUCAUUAAACAUGUAAGGACUCAUAGUGGAGAGAGGCCUUAUGAAUGUAAGCAAUGUGGGAAGGCUUUUAGUUCUUCAUCAGCCCUUGUUAUACAUAUAAGAACUCACAGUGGAGAAAGGCCUUAUGAAUGUAAGGAAUGUGGGAAAGCUUUCAGAUGUUCCUCAUUCUUAACUAAUCAUAUAAGAAUUCACAGUGGAGAGAUGCCUUAUGAGUGUGAAGAAUGUGGGAAAGUCUUUAGGGAAGCCUCAAACCUCACUAGACAUACAAGAACUCACAGUAGAAAGAAGCCUUUUGAAUGUAAGAAAUGUGGGAAAACCUUUAGGUGUUCCUCACACCUUACUACACAUAGAAGAACUCAUAGUGGAGAGGCCUUAAGAAUGUAAGGAAUAUGGUAAUGCCUUUAGUCAUGCUUUACCCCUCACUUGACAUAUAAGAACUCACACAGUUGGGAGACAAUUUUUUGUCGAAAGAGGGAUGUUUCAUCCUUACUGCUAUAAUUUCAAACAGUAAAUUUCUGAAAGUAUGAUUAAAGUACAAAGUUUCUUAGUGAGUAGGAAAGCAAUAUUAAAGAAGGGGUCAUUAGCCACAUGAACCAGAGACCUACAUCACCCUGAGACCAGAAGAACUAGUUGGUGCCCGGCCACAAUCGAUGACUGCCCUGACAGGGAGCACAACAGAGAACUCCUGAGGGAACAGGAGAUCAGUGGGAUGCAGACCCCAAAUUCUCAUAAAAAGACCGUACUUAAUGGUCUGACUGAGACUAGAGGAAUCCCGGCGGCCAUGCUCCCCAGACCUUCUGUCAGCACAGGACAGGAACCAUCCCCGAAGACAACUCA